UUGUAAAGCCAAAUAAAUUAAUAGGCAUUAAUACAUGCAGGGAGUAUUUAAUAAAAAAAAGUCGAAUCUCUUUUUACAUAAUGUAAAUAUUUAAAUUAAUCCCUAGAAUUGGGUCUAGGUGCAUGACACAAACAAGAGUAAAACACAGUCAUUACACAUGAUGACAAAUCAUUAUUUCACAGGCUACUUUAUCAAGAAAAUACUAGUUACUACAAUCAUAAUAACUCUAAUAAUUUUCUUGUAUUUUUCAAUUUCAUGUCUUCACUUACAAUCUAAGCCUUACUUCAAUUCCCAUUUUUUAUAAUUAAACAAAAGCAUACUUAUUAUAUACCAUGACAUACAUGCCCUAACAUCAAAGAUAUAUAGAGAGAACCAAAAAAAAAAAAAAAAAAAAAAGAGAAAUUAAGAAUGAGUUCAGUUUGCAUCUCAAGUUGCAUAGAUGAUGCAAGGGUGCCUACAACAAGAGUAAGAGCCACUUAUGUAAACCUCUACAAGUGGCCGGAAUCGGAUGCCGAGUUUGUAAGAUCAGUGAGCUUUCGAGGUCCCGGCCACCCGAGGCCAAAGGUGGUAGAGAGCAUAUCAUGUAGGCAGAUAUACUUAAGAAGCUACACCUUCACAAGAAAAGAGAGCGUGAACGAAAAGACGAAAAAGUGUAUAGGGAGAGUGAAAGAAAGGGUUGUGAAUGGCGGUAAGAAGAGAUCAUCACAACAACAUCAAGAAAAGAAGGAGAAAUCUGUAAGAAAUGUUAAGGAAGUGUCAUGUUCUGCUAUUAAGUCUAUUUUUAGAAAGUUGUUGUUUUGUUCUGCUAGUGUAGAUGUUGUGGAUUGCAAUGAUUCACUUGUAAGAUGAACUUGUUAGCUUCUUAAUAUUUAUCUAGUAUGUAUUUUAUGUAGCUCUAAUAAUAUAUGAAUGUUUUAUAUGUAUGUUUUGUGUCUUUUAAUUGUGGUUGUUUUUUUGUUGUUGUUGUUUGUUUGUAGAUAUAUUAGAUACACGUAUAAUUAUUUUGGAUUGUUUAUGAUUGUAUUGUGAUGCAAUCUAGCUCCAAAAUUUUUGUAUCGAGGGUUUUGCAACAAAAAGAUUAGAACAAUAUAUAUGUAUAAUAAUUAUUCUUGAUCGUCUAUGAAUAUGAUGCAAAUAUAACACAUAAAUUUUUGUGUUGAGGGUUUUGCAUUACGACAAUGUUAGAACAAUCUUACAUAACUACAUAAGCAUUGUGCACCGUUUAUUUUAAUACAGUAAGUAUAUAGUACAACAAUACUACAUUAGUUUCAAUUAUUAAACAUGAAUUUUGAGGGUAGAUGAAUUAAGAUGUAUAUUGCUUAGCUUGCUUAAACAGAGGAAUGAAGAUGAACUUGAUUUCCAUAGUAAUGUUAUCGAUACUGGCACGUCUAGCUUAACAGAGGGAACAAAUUGGAAAUAAAGCAAUCAAAAUAUUGUGGUAUAGAAUAAAAUCAGCUAGGAUUAAGAGUAUAUAAAUCAUUACUCAUAUAUGUACCAGCUACCAACUAAAAUAAAUGGC